AUGAAUCCUAAAACUAAUUCAUAACUAUCUAUUUCAAUUCAAAAAGAUCCAAAAUAAAACAUUCAUAAUUCUCAUUUCUAUAAUUUUAUCAAAAACAAAAGAUUUUCUGACAUCAACACAAAUAAAACUACUGCUAUUAUUAAAAAGACUAAUCACCCAUAAUCUCUACAACAUUAAAUUCUCUCAAUUAACAAUGGUUCCCUCAUCAAAAUAGAGAAACAUCAUGAGAUCUAAUAACCAAACAAGAAGAUAUUCUUUGAAAAUUGUGUUCUGCCUAAAAUAAAUACUUCUUAUGCUAUCAAUAAAGAAUAUCAAGAAUCCAAAGUUUAUGAUGAAAACAGUAUAAAUAUUAUGUUUAUUAUAUUGAGGAUAAUAUUCCAAGAGAAAAAGUUAGUUGCUCAAAUAACUCAUAUUAUUAUAUCAAAAUGAUUAAAGUUUAUCUAAUAUCACUUUAGCAUAAAAAGAUUGUAUUAUGAAUCCUUCACAAAUUUAAGAGUAGGAAUAGUCAAGAAUUAUGUAAGAAAGACCCUAAGGUAAGAUAUAAAGAAGAUCUCAGAUUUUGAUAGAAUAGAAAUAUUAUGGUGAUUCAGAUUUGAGUGAAGCCAGAUUUUCAAAUUCUAAUAGUAUUAUUGAUAUCUCAGGUUUCAGUAUAAUAAAAAAGGAUAUUGUUGGGAAGAGAAGGAAUAUAGGUUCAAAAGUUAGAAAGUAAGAUAAUUCUAAUUGAAUAAAAUUAUAAAUAAAUAUUAAUGAAUAGACUCUUGAUUACAGAAUUAGGAGAUACAAUGAGAUUAGAUUUGAAAAAAGAAGUUAAUAAAAUCCCAUCAUCAACUAAAAAUAAUAUAAAAACUACAUUUCCUGAAAUCAAAAAUAAUCUAGGAAGUUCUUCACUUUUUACAGAUAUUGAAAAAAAUGAGAAUCCCUUGUAUUAAAAAAGUCUCUCAGAUUAAGCUCUUCUAAACCUUUCAAAAAUAGCAAAUCUUUCUUUAUUUGGACCUAAAUGUAAGGAAUAAUUGAAAGUACACAUUAGAUAAGAUCUAUCAAUGAAAACUUAACAUGAUUACUUAAAUUAAUAGCUAGAAAGAUAUGUAACUAGAAUACUUGAUGAUAAAAGUAUUUAUUUUAAGUUUCAUUAUUAUUAGAUUUAAUGACCAAGCGAAAAAGGUAAUUGUUAAAUGAACUAAAAAGAUUAGAAGCCAAAGAGAAAUUAAAACAUUUUAAUCAUAUGCCUACUGAUUUAUCUUAAUUUAGUUCUAUAAUUGAAGAUACUGAUAGGGAAAAUAAAUUAAUGUCAAUUGUAAAUGCAGAAGGCAAAUUAUUAUAAUUACAAAGAAGGUAUGACUAAAAAUUACAGGAGGAUGAAAAGCUUAAAUAAUAAAUACAAAUCAAUUAUUGUAAAUAUAAGGAAGGUUAAACUAUGCAAAUAGAAGCUUUACCAGUUUUAUCUAAAGAUGAAAUGGAAGAUCAUGUAAAAGACAUAUUCAAUAACAGAGAUUAAUCUACACAAAGAUUUCAUGACAGAAUUAAUGAAAAACAUAUAAAAUAAAAGGAAUAUAUUUGGAAAUAACAUCAUUUUCCAAGAAAUCAUAGAAGAUGGUUAUCAAAUUGA